AUGCGCGCAUGGGAGGAUUUGUUCAUGGCUCGUAGGACAUGGGCUCUAGAUGUGGUGAAGGCUUGUACAGAUAUGUCCAACGAGGCCCAAAAGAGAUACGACGAGCUCCAUGUCAUUGCUCGUAGUAUCGAUACUGUGAUCAUUAGUUAUCGAAAACAUGUCAAGACUUUGGAUAAACAGAAUAAUGAGUUUCAGACUGGUACCAAAGAACUGGAAGAUCAACGAGCGCUGGCGACAACAAACUGGCCAACCAUUUUAGCCUCACUACCUGCCACGAGUGCUUUGCUCAGAUUCAUCACUGGCGACGAGUCCCGAAGGAUCCCAAUAAAUCCUACCCUUGCAGAUAUACUUGAGGCGGAAGAUUGUAGAAAGGCCUUGGAAAUCUCUCAGGCCACAAUCAAAUCCUUGAACCAGAAUGGUCCCAUAGUCGGAAGAAAAGUGGACGUGGUCAUGGCAAAAAUGGAUGCCCUGCAAGACAAAAUAGUAAAUGAGCUUGCCAGGAAGGUACCUGGACACGCAUCUGAUCCCGCCCAGUUGAUUGAAGACAUCGAAGCACUUGCCAGAAAGGUCAAUAAUGAUUACGAGAGUGUUCUGACCUUCCCAAAGAACUCCAAGGGUGUAUCACAAGCUUCCAGAUCAGCACUUCUUCAUACCAAAAAUUAUCUUCCAAAUCUGGCAAAAAGAGCUUUGGAAAUGGAUGAAAUUCUACGAUCCGUAACCGAAGCGCGCAACGCCAUGGCGGAAAGCUCUCUCGGUAUCAUGCACGAUCUUUAUUCAAUAACUGUGCUGAUAACCGAGGCGAAUUCUCUAUUUGAAAAAAUGGACCCUAAUGACAAUGCAAGACACGCAAUCGAUAUGUUGAAUUAUAUAAACAUCCUCCCUACAACCACUGCCUCUUUGAUGGCCGAAGCAGUUCGACGGAGAGAAUGGAACGAAAAGGUCAAGUCAGACUCCUCCACGUUGGCCGUUGAAAUGUCGACGUUCCAGGAGGAGGAGGCCAAGCGACGACGAAAAUGGCAAAAGAAUAAUGGAAGCCGACUUUGGGGUGACAGAUCCGAACAUGGUGUGGCGAGCUUGGAGGUCAAUCUUCGAGGCGAGGAAGAAGAAUGGCCAGAAGUGACCCGUCCAGAUUUGGAGGAGUUUCUCGAAAAUUUGAAAGCUCACAACUCAGAGUCUCAGGAUGUUGCGAACGUUAUUAAAAUCAUAAAGGAUCUUAAUAGCCCCACAAAACAACAAAGCAAGCGUGCCAAAGCUUUCAAGGCUGGCAGCAUGCACGAAGCUGCCCUGGGUAGAAGUACACUUCUUGUACGGGGUGAUGAUGACUUGAUCCGUGUUCUGCAGGAAGAGAAACAAAAGGUCGAGUCACAGUUGAAAACCUCUCAAAGUCGAGUGCGGAGAUUGGAAGACGUGCUUCAUCGACAGACUCAAAUGAGCCGGGCUCCUACUUCCAACGCCUUUCAUAUUUCAGGUAUUCCAAGCCCCGAUACACACGUGACGGCAAAUCCUCUCGCCUCCCCCCAUCUAAUUGAUGAUAUUUCUCGAAGAUCUUCUGUAUUGUCACGCCGGUACUCAUCUCACCAGAAUCCCGACGAAAAGGCGAUGCAACAGAAGUUGCUAUCUGCAGAGGCAGAAGUUAUUGCCGAGCGUGAAAAAGUGGCUGGGUUAGAACGGGAAAUCUCUGCCCGCAAAACAAGCGCCGAAAACUUGAAAUCUCGAAUGGAUGAAGUCAACAUAACUAAGAACGACUUAUUCCAGAAUUUUGAGGCUCAACAGCGGGAAUUCAUCGUCGAGCGCAAAUCACUUGAGGAAGAUAUCAAGAAAUACAAGGCAACAAUUGAGGAACUCGAAAAUGAGAUUGAGCAUUUUAUGGGAUCCCGCGAGCACGAAAAAGCAAGUGUUGACGAACAGGUCCGAAUGCUGCAGGAUGAGCUGGAGAAAACUCGUCAAAGCCAUAUUGCCGAGAGUCAGAAGGCACAAGGUCAGGUUGAUUAUCUCCGUAACGAUGCAAAAUUACAACGCGAAACCAAUGAGACGUUGGAAAGACAGUUGCAACGAGCCAGAGCAGAUAAUCGGGAGCUCUUGUCCCGUGUCGAGCAUGCUGAAUCAAUAGUGGGCGAACAAUUUAGAGUCCUACAGGAUAUUCAUUUGCAACUAUCCCCUCGCUCCAAGAAGAUACCUGAUGAUCUCCCGGCUCUUGCAGAGGUACUGGUCGGCCUGUCUGGAGAUCUUGUGGCCGAGUUGAAGUCUGUGAAGAGUGAUGCAACCAUUGCUAGAUCUGAUCGAGAUACAGCUCAAAGUACCAUACUGGCACUCAAGUCAGAAGUGGACGAGACCAGAACCAAACUGCAAAAGGAGCAGACCGAGAGUGCACGCCUCAACGAAGCGCUGGCUUCUGGGAAUGCCAAAUUCGUGGCUUUAGAAGCAGAGUUGGCAAAUGAACGAGGUCAACUAAGUACUUUGAGAACCAAAAUCGCUGAUGGAGAAACCGGAUCCGAAAGCCUCCGAAAUCGUUUGGAAGAAGAGGAGCGGAAGGUUACAACCAUGUCGGAAGAUUUAGCUACUCGACAGUCUCGUAUCGGAAGUCUCGAAGAGGAAUUAAGAGAUUCGAAGGAGAAGUAUGAGUUUGCACAAAGCAAACACGAGAAGCUUGCCUCUCGAUUUGAGGCUCGGACUUCUAGAGCCAAAGAUCUCACGCAACGUGUGUACAUGCAAAACGAUCGCCUAUGCAGACUCCUUGAGCGCCUCAGUUACUCGGUUACCAGAGAUGGUGGCUCAAUGACUAUUCAACGCAUUCCCAAACCCGAAAGAUCCAAUGCAAAUGAUUCAUCAGAUCCUGGGUCAUCACUGAGAAAAAGUGUAUCUGGGGCCAUCACAAGAAAAUCCAUGGUUGAUAGUGGUGAUCUCGAUUUACUCUAUUGGAUGAACAACGACGAUUCAGAGGUAGAAUCUGAAAAGUACGGAGCUUAUCUCAACGCCAUCGGUUCCUUUGACGUCGAAGCAUUUUGUGACGUUCUCACGAAGAGAAUCAAGGAUAUUGAAUACACAGCCAAGAAAUACUCCAGAGAUGCGAGAAGCUACAGAGACAAGUCCCAUGCGGCGCAGAGCGAAGCACACGAGAAGAUUGCCUUCAAGCACUUCAAGGAAGGAGAUCUUGCUCUUUUCCUACCCACGCGGAACCAGGCCACUCGGCCAUGGGCGGCUUUCAAUGUGGGAGCACCUCAUUACUUUCUUCGUGAGCAAGAUUCGCACAAGUUACGGGCUCGGGAUUGGUUACUGGCUCGGAUCCACAAGAUUGAGGAGCGCGUAGUAGACCUUUCCAAAUCAAUGACGGCCUCACACAAUGCGGCAGAUGGUAAAUCCAUAGGUGGCGACUCUUUCGAGGAUGACAAUCCUUUUGAGCUCUCAGAUGGACUUCGCUGGUAUCUGAUUGACGCCGCCGAAGAAAAACCAGGUGCACCAUCGACCCCGGGACUUGGCAAAAGUACCGUAGCCAGUGCCCACAUCGACGCAACUGGACAAAUUCGAAAGUCCAAGAAAUCCUCUACUGCAGGCGUCGAAGGAAUUAACAAGACCCUCAGUAGAAGUCUUGAUAGUCGGCGGAGCAGUGUGAACUCAAAGAAAGCCAUCCCCAUCGCGAGUACACUCAUCAAGACAGGCUCUACGGCAACUGAUACGGCGUCCUUAAAGGCUGCCUCUACCACGAGCAUCCAACCACCCGGGGAGACGACUGAUGCACAGAUCAUUAGGCCGAGUAGUAAACAUGGUCCUGCGAACGGCGGUGAGACGGCAGCGGGGAAUCAUUCAGAGGUGCGGAAUAAACUCAUUGAUGAUCUUAUGAGUGGUUACUCGUAG